GUCUUCAUCUUCAUCUUCACCAACAAUCACUGAGUUUAUUCUGAGAAAUCAACCAAAGAGGAUUCCAUGUGUUUGAGUUCUUCUUCUUCACACACAAGGUACGAGUCAUGUUUCUCAUCUGGAUUUUCAUCCUGUCUGCUGCCCCUACUGCUCUUUGUGGAAGCUCCUCCCUCUUCUGCCCGAACCCUGACACCGGCGACCAGAACACGGACUUCCUGACGGACUGCCUAGGCCUGCGCUUCACCUGGCUCCACACGCUCUUUGAUAACUUCCCGUCGUUGCUGAGCUUCGCAGUGAGACUUCACUGUGAGACGGGUCUCUGUCCACGAGACCUGGAGGAUUAUGGCUGCUCCUGUCGAUUUGUGGCGGCUGGAAGUCCUGUGGAUCCUCUGGACAUCUGCUGCGACACUCACAGGCUGUGUUACCAGAACGCUGCCCCCUGCAGGCAGACGCUGCCACUGCUCCCUGACAACUUCACAUGUUUGUCGACAAACAGCAGCUGUGAUGUCGUUGAUCCGUGUCAGCAGACGUUUUGUGAGUGUGACCAGGCGGCCAUCCACUGCAUCAGCCUCAGCUCGCUGCAUCACAACUCAACACUGAGGGGCACCGCUGAGUCGCUCUGCUCUGCCGGCAAUCAAACAGAUCUGCUCAAUGUCACCAUGGAGACGGAGGAAGCCUUCAGAGAAGCAGAUUUUCUCUCAGCACUCAACCAGUCUGUGAACUUAAGCUCCGCCCUCCUGUCGACAGAUCCCCUGACUGUGUCUGUCCUGUCACUGAGCAGCAGAGUGGAUCAUCAGAGUGACACCACAGGGAAGGACAAGGACCUCAUCACUCUGCCACCGGGCCAACCCCCACUGCUGGCAGCUGCUGACUCGGAUCAGUUUAAGUCUCUGAGUGAAGUUUCCUUGCUGAGCGUCACAGACAAACACGUAACCGUGAUGACAUCACAGACUGACAUCAUCGUCACAACCACAACGUCAGAGGAAGGUGUUUUUGUCUCUGCAGGUUCAGUCGUCACCACUUCAUCAGUGUUGUCACAAAACAAGCAAACAGCUCCGCCCCCAGAGUCAUCAGAGGAAGAAGAGGAUGAAGAAGAUGAGCUCAUUUUUCUAACGUCGGCGACGCCCACUUCGUCGGCGGCGACUCCGGUGAGGUUCAUCAUCAUGACGACACAGGAGGGGCCUUUAACCUCGGCUAAACCUCGCUCCGACGUCAGCGUGUCCACCAGAACCACGACAACACGAGAACCAGGAAAAACUCCCACAUUAACCAUGACGGAGGAGGAGUCUGAGGAGGAGGAGCCUCAGGAGAAGACGGACAAACCUCCGUGUGUGGGUGGAGCCACAGCCGACAGCUCGCAGGAAAAAUAUGAAUGGGGCGUGGCUCAGAAAAGAACCGCCCCCUUCUUUGCUCUCACUCUUCUAGAAUCUGUCGGUUUGACAGAGUUUCAGCUUCAGCCAGACACCAAAGAGUGCACUCACUCCUUCACCGUGUACGGUGGUGAUGGGCAAGCGAGGCGGGAGCUGCCGGCGCUGGGCGAGAUGCUUCACUGUCUCACGGGACGAUGUCCACAUGAAUAUGAGAUGUACGGCUGCUACUGCGGUCAGGAGGGCAAAGGUCAACCUGUGGAUCAGCUGGACAGGUGUUGUUUCUUCCAUCACUGCUGCCUGAAGCAAAUCACUACUCUGGGCUGCAGAUCUAACAGGAAACUCAACGCUGUCACUUCCUGCGACAACGGAAAACCUCGAUGCCGCGGUGUCAGUUUGUGCGACAAACUUCAGUGUGUGUGCGACAGAAGCACGGCCGUGUGUUUGUCGGCUUCUCAUUUCAACCACAGUCUGACGUCACAUAAUUGCGGUGGUGCCAUGCCCAGCUGUCGCCACGGCAACAAACCAACAAACCCACGCCUUUCCCAACCAUCCAGUGAGGAGACCGAGGAGACACCGGGAGGAAGAUCUAAUGACGAUGAAGAGGUGAACAACAGUGAUGAAAACUCUGAGCUCAAAGAUGAUAAAGUGUCAAAUACUCCUGCUGUUGUCGACUCAACUCCUCCUCCUGAUUCUGGCUCCAGUGAGGAGAACACAGAGCCACUGACAAGCUUCAACUACAGACCCGGUCCAGUUCAGAGCCAAGGACACCAAACACCAGGGGGCAUGCAGGAGGAGGAGGAGGAAAAAGAGGAAGAAGAAGAGGAAGGAAAAGAGGAGGAGGAAGAAGAAGAGGGAGAUGGAAACUAGGAGGAAACACAUCAUGUACAAAUACUUUGGAAUUCUGUAAAAUAUGUGUUUGACAUAAGUUUGUGGUUCUGAACAACAAAUGUAUUUUACAUAAAACAUUUUAAAAAUCUAAUGUUAACAGAUUUGAGAGUUGGUCACAUUAUUAAAACAGUUUAUGAAGAGAAAAGCAAA